AUGAAGCACUCGGAUCGGCUUGAGUGGAUGUAAUGGACACCAGUCACAAGUAUGGGCGAACAAUAUUUGCUGUUGUUGUACGUAAGCACACUAACAAAAACAUCAUCAUCACUGACUGACCCCGGCCACUGCUUCUUCUUGGGGCGGUUCAGAGACCCGCUCAUCGCCUUAUCAAUAAAGUCGAGGUAGUGUGUGAGACCUGGUGAUAUUGCAAGACAGGAAACAUCGUUUUGUUAUCUCUAGUUGUGUUGAUCUGCCUCCCAAGUCUCUGGGACGCACAAUGCCCAGUUUGACGGACACGAAAACCGUGCCAUCAUUGAAGCCGACAAGUUUAAAUCAUUUGAAUUUACCAAUGUCUUCUUCUUCUUCUCAUUCGGUUACCAAAGAUUCGGUCAAAAUCUGUGUGCUUAAUGUGGUCUCGCAAGGCCACUUGGUUAAUGGGGCCAGCACGGGUCCCCAGAGGAGGCAUCUCACGGUCUGUAAGAAAGAUCCACUCGACAAGAUCAUCCAGGAACUCUGCCAACAUUGGCAGCUUGACGAGCCUCUGGAUUACGCAUUGCAAUUCGAAGAUACCAAGCGCUAUGUCAUGGAGAAAACAAAAGACACGAUUGCCAAUGGACAAAUUCUGAAGUUUUGUCAAUCACCGAAGCGAUUAGUGCGAGAGUUGGUGAACAUCUUUGAAGGCAAAAGCGAUAUUGAAAUGCGUGCCAAUGCAUUCAAAUCCUUGGAAGCCAUUUGUAAGGAUGAAGCUGUUGCCUUGGAGUUCGUGGAAUGCAGCAGGGGAUUAGAGUUGAUCGUGAGAUCUGCCAAUUUAGAAUCAACGAAUGGUUAUUUACUCUCCCAUUUGAUCCGAACCUUCCACACUGUUAUGAGUCAUCCUGGUCUGGUAUCGUGGGAGGAUGAGCGCAUUCAUCCGGACUUUGUGGGAAUCAUUCUUGCCAAUAUCGAGACGGAAAAAAGCAAGCAAGCCCUCAAGCAAGACGAACCCACCCAAGAAUGUUCCCUUUCUAUUCUGAACGAAUUAGUCAAUACACCAUCCAGAUACCACGAGAUUGAUCGCACGAUAUCCGUGGCUAGUCUCUUGAACUUCUUACAAUCGGACAAUUCCAACAUACAAAGAAACGCACUGGCCCUGUUCAAUUCUCUCUUCAGUCUGGGCGAUUCCAGUAAGAAGAUGAAAUUGAAACAGCUUAUGGAAGAGCGCAACGUUCGAAGGACCAUUGUGGAACACAUCAUUCGCCGUCAACCCGAUUCUGCCAUGCGCUAUCAGUUGUAUGUUUUGCAGAGUCUUCAUUUAAAUCUGUUGGAGAAGAAAAUGAACACCCUAGUAGAAAACCAAGAUCAAAAGGCAUUGGAUAAGAUCAAAGAACUGCGCCGUAUUGCAUUUAAGGGCCAAGAUCAAGGAUCGGGUCCUCGAACCAGGUUCAGCGAAGAUUAUCGGAAACUCGGCUUCAAGAACGAGAUCGAUCCCACGCAAGAUUUUUGUGUUGUUCCACCUGGAAUCCUCGGGUUGGAAAUCAUGUUUGCAUUUGCUCUGAAUCACACGGAUCAGUUCAUCAAACUGGUUUUGGAAACCUCGUGUCGGAAAGAUAAUCACGACUGUCCCCUUGCCCAGAUCACUAUUGGUAUAGUCAGAAUGAUUUGCGAAAUCACCAAAAUCGGUCACAAGAUCCAGCCCCAAGGUCAAUAUCAUCCCAUGUUUUUUACUGAUGAUAACCCAUUGGGCGAGCUCUCCGCUAUUAUGAUCAAUCAUGUGGUUCGAACUUGGAAUGAAAUGCGAGCCACCACGGAAGACUUUAACAAGGUCAUGGAAGUGGCUCGUGAGCAAUUAGUCACAGCUCUCUCGCAGAGUCCGUCCAGCUUUGAGGAUUUCCGUAAGUGUCUUCGAAGCUAUCAGGAAAUCACCGAGAGUCGCAAAGAAGAAGCUAAAAACCGAGCUGAGCGAGAUGGACCUGCUAUCCGGCACCUGCGCGAGUCUCUAGAACCGGAAAUGCUUGAGCUGGUCCAAAGACAACGCCUAAACUUUUUGGUAUCCGGCUCGCAUUUUUCCAAAAUCCGCAAAGAAAGCAAGGACAAGCAUGGCUUUCUUUUCUUCAGGCUAAGUACCAAUCACAAAAGUCUCUUGUAUGGAGACUGGAAGGAUGAUCGAUCCGUUCCUGUGGCUGAGGAUCUCACCAAGCGAUUAUCUCUGUCUGAAAUCAAAGACUUCCAAACCGGACACGAGUGUACACACCUCAAAGAUGUGACGCGCAAAGGCAACAGACCAGAGCGCUUGGCCUUAUCAUUUACCAAAGAAAAUGGAGACACCGUCGACGUGAUGGCCCCAGAUCAAAAGACGUUUGACAUGUGGAGUGAUGGUAUCAACACCUUAUUACGUAAACCUCUAUCCAGUGAGAGGGCCCACCAAGACGUGAAUACCUUGCUCUCGAUGGAGGUGAAAGUUCGCUUACUAGAACUUGAGGGUAUUUCCAUUCUCGAUAGCCCGCCUCCGAUACCUGCAUUACCUUCCAAUUUUAAAAUUAGUCAAGAUGUGCAAUAGGAAUAAAAAUGGUUUAUGAGAAGAAAGUUGCUUAAGGAUUGAGGACCACAGAGUCAGCUAAUGGGUUAAAAAAUCAACCAUGUUUUAUUAGUUUCAUGACCUUCAAAGCAGUUUUUGUAUUACUUUCCAUCGCUUUUGUGUUGUGACUUGAAAAUACAUGACUGAUUCCAGCAAUCAAA